UUCCCUUGGUGCUAUCUUUGCAAGUAGCAAAGUAGAUACUAAAAUAAUGGUAGUUUCAGGCACCAACGAGGAGGUUUCAGGCACUUAUGAUCGGAAAAAGGAGUUGAGGGAAUUUGAUGAUACAAAAGCUGGCGUUAAGGGACUGGUAGACUCUGGAGUGGAGAAGGUACCUCGUAUCUUCCUCCACCCUCCUCAUACCCUCCAUGAAGUUUCAAUCCACAGCCAAACCCACUUCAGCUUCCCGACCAUAGAUUUGGGGGAUGGAAUCAUCGAUAAAGAUGUGAGUUUAAGGAAGGAAAUCGUUGAAAAGGUGCGUGACUCCUCGGAGACGUCGGGGUUCUUCCAGGUGAUGAACCAUGGGAUCCCUCUAACUGUUCUUGAUGAGAUGCUGGAAGGAAUUAGAAGGUUUUAUGAGCAAGACACAGAGGUGAAGAAACAGUUCUACACCCGCGACUAUGUCAACAGAAGGGUAGCAUACAAUUCCAAUUUUGAUCUUUACAGUUCUCCCGCAGCUAGUUGGAGGGACACUAUGAAUUGCGUUAUGGGUCCUCAACCACUAAACCCCGAAGACGUGCCUCAGGCUUGCAGGGAUAUAUUGAUGGAGUACUCAGUUCAAGUCAAAAGAUUGGGAAUUAUCUUGUUUGAGUUACUAUCGGAGGCUUUGGGGCUAAACCCUAACUGCUUGAGGGAGAUGGGAUGUGAAGAGGGACAUGCUCUUCUCUGUCACUACUAUCCUGCAUGCCCUGAACCAGAACUGACGUUGGGCGCCACUAAGCAUGCUGAUAGCAGUUUUCUCACUAUCCUUCUACAAGACUAUAUUGGUGGCCUCCAAUUUCUUCACCAGAACCAAUGGGUUGAUGUUCCCACCACACCUGGAGCUCUGAUUGUUAACAUUGGGGUUCUUUUGCAGCUUAUAUCCAAUGACAAGUUUAAAAGUGCUGAACAUCGAGUAUUGGCCAACAAGGUAGGCCCAAGAGUAUCUAUCGCAUGCUUCUUCACUACAACUUUUCAACCAUCAACAAGGAUUUAUGGGCCUAUCAAGGAGUUGCUAUUAGAGAACGAUACCCCCAUCUACAGGGAAACCACCAUCAUCGAAUACACUAAACGCGGCCUAGCAAAAGGACUUGAUGGGACUUCUGCAUUGGAAAGUUUUAAACUACAAACUUCAAGUUCAGAAGAUAAGAAAUAGCUAAUUAGCUAUAGCUUAAAAUAACCUCGAAUUCUCCUUCUUGUUAUUAUUUGCCACUAUAAGGUCCUCGGAGUUCAGAAGAUAAAAACGUUGCAAGGCUGCAUAACGUACAGUAGCAUCUCUUUGUGUAUAUCUAUCUUCUUCGAAAUCAACUAUGUAAAAUUACUUGUAUGUUUGGAAUUUAAAGUGUGAGGAAAAUUGUCUCAUUGUCUCUUCUUGGGGAUUGCAAAUUCGGUCAUUGUAAUUACCUUCAUUGUGUUUUUUCCUUUUCAA